GUGUAUUUUUAAAAUGAAGAAGCAGAACUUGAUUACUAAAUUUUUUAAGAUGAAGUCGACUCCGAAGAAGGAAGAGUCUAGCACUCAGGCAUCCUCUACUCAAAAGAGCAAAGCAGAGGAAGAGAAAGAAGAGUUCCCUGAACAGAAACUUGAUGAGGAAUACAAAUUUGAUCUUGAUGAAUUGAAGGAAAACUUCAGGGACGGCCGACGGAUUUUCCAUAAUCGUUUGAAAUUUUAUACGAUUUACCGACCAGAUAUGAUCAAAUUUGUUGACUUACUGGAUGAGUAUCUUAACAAUCCUGACUUAAUCAAGGAGGAAGAGAAGACGACCCAAGCAGAAAAUGUAGUAUUUACCACAUUUGUCUCUGAAGAUAGCUUCAUCGCCAAGACUCUCAUUAAGAAAAAGAUAGAGUGCACCAUGUUUAAGCAUGGGUACCAAACAGCAACUGUUCCUGUAGAACCGGGAAAAUCAGUGCUUGAUUUCCCAGAGAUUAACAUGAGGUGUAUCUUGCCAGACCUCAAAGGAAAAUUUUCUGUGUUCCAUCCCAAGGUGAUGCUCAUCAAGUUCCCACACUUUUUGAGAGUGGUGGUGACCACUUGCAACUUCAUGGGCCUGGAAUGGGAAUGACUCGGACAACUGAUAUGGUUCCAGGACUUCAGAUAUAUCUCUGACCCCAUCGAGUGUAGGUUCAAGACAGAUUUAAUGAGGUUUUUCCAAGACAUUAUGCCUUCUGAGACGACUAUCACUGUUAAGAAAGCUCCUUCUGUGUAUAAAGACGUGCUUAUCGACAAAUUUGCAAUUGAUAAGAUGAAAGACCCUCCAGAAUCAGGCAAGCUUUUUAGACAAGUUAUUAGAGGAGAGAUUAACUUUGAAAAAUACGACUUCAGAGAUGCUGCUGUUGACCUGAUUCCCUCUAUCAACGGGUACUACAAGAUUGAGGAUGGUAGUGCUGAUAAUCAAGGCAUGAUUCGAGUCAAGAAUAUCAUGAAGAACUCUGAAGAGUUCAAAGUCACGGACAAUACUCAGCUUAUUUACCAAUGUACUAGCUUCGGCAAGCUCUACACCAAGCUUGUCACUGAGUUUGUCAUGAGCAUGUUCGGUGACAAGAUCGAAUACACCAGCGUGACUAUGAAGGAGAGAGUCAAGUUCAUUUAUCCAGAAGACCAGCAAGUCCAGGACGCUCACGAAGGAGUUCCAUCAAAUUGCUUAAAAUUGCGGGAAGAUUUCUGGUUUGAUCAGAAAGAUUUCCCAAGAUAUUUAUUCCAUAAAUUUGAAUAUAAGGAGUCUUCGAAGGAAUAUACUCGAAAUGUGCACCAUUCCAAGGUCAUGAUUAUUAAGGAGAAGGACCAAGAAAUAGACGAUAAUUCAGCCAUAUACAUAGGGUCCCACAACAUGUCUGGAGGUGCCUGGGGCACCAUGAGAAAUAUAGGGAAGACCCUUUUUAUUGGCAAUUAUGAGAUGGGCAUCUUCUUCAAGCCCAAAGCAGGCACUAAGGCUCUCAAGCAAAGAAUAGUGAACAGCUUGCUGUAUACUAUAGACCCUCCCAGCUAUGAUUUGGCGACUGAGAAGCCAUACUUAUUUGUAAAGGCAUUUUAG